AAAAAUAUCAUAUCGCGUUUGGAAGAAAUAUUCGUGUUCUACUAAUCAACCGUACAAAUAUAUAUGACAUACGGUAUCUCGAUAAGUACGAUAUGGGUCAGAGGUUUAACGUGAUUAUUCUAUUCCGAAUAAGUAUAAAAGCUCGCCGUUAAGCCCGUAACCGGUACAAAACGUCGAAACGACGGGUGUCGACGGUAAAACGAUAUUUUUUCCCUUCCCCCUAUCCAUCGCAAGGAUGUUGCCGAAGGUAGUUUUGUUGGUGGCGCUCGCUAUCAUUUGCGGCGCACAGGGCGCCUCUUACGCCGGAAGGCGUACCGCUGACAUGGAUUUCCUUCACAAGCAAAAGAAGAUAUACGACCUGUUACUUUACGUAAGGCAGACAGAUCUGAGCGAUGCAGAAUGGUACGAUGUAGGCAGAAACUACGACAUGGAGAGCAAUAUGGACAUGUACAAGGACAAGAAUGUCGUGCAAAAGUUCCUGUGGUGGUACAAACAGGGAAUGUUCCUGUCGCGUAACGCUAUUUUCAGUUCGCUCAACUCUGAGCAGAAAUACGAGGUGAGAAUGUUAUUCGAGUUAUUAUACAAUGCGAAGGACUUCCAAACAUUUUACAAAACUGCCGCUUGGGCUCGACUUCGGAUGAACAGCGGCAUGUUCACUACAGCGUUUUCUAUCGCUAUCUUCUAUAGAUCUGACACUAAAUACAUGAAACUUCCCGCUAUCUACGAAAUCUAUCCCAAUUUAUUCUUCGACUCGAAUAUUAUAGAACAGGCGCAAUAUUUGAAGAUGUCUCGAGGCUCUAGUGUUGUGACUGGAAUGAACAACAUCGAAACAUACAUAGUGAACACGAACUAUUCUGAUAAAUAUAUGUGGGAAUACGACGAUCCGGAAUACAAGCUUGAUUACUUUAUGGAAGAUGUUGAAUUGAACGCAUAUUAUUACUACAUGCGUGAAAUGUUGCCUUAUUGGAUGUCCAGCAGCCAAUAUCACAUGCCUAAAGAAAUACGUGGACAGCUUUACUAUUUCAUUCACCACCAAUUAAUAGCUAGGUACUUGCUCGAACGAGUAUCAAACGAUCUUGGUAAAAUAGCGGAAUUGGAUUGGAGUAAACCUAUCUAUUCUGGAUUUUACCCCACCCUGAUGCACUCUAAUGGUGUAACUUUCCCACAGAGGAAUAGAUUUUCCUCUUUGCCCUAUUAUAAAUAUAAAUAUCUUAACAUAAUCAACGCGUUGGAGAUGCGUUUAAUGGACGCUAUCGAUUCCGGCUACUUGAUAGACGAAUAUGGAAAGAAGAUAAAUAUUUACACACCAGAAGGUCUAAAUAUGCUUGGCAAUGUAAUAGAAGGAAAUAGUGACUCUAUUAACAUGAAAUUCUACGGUAUGUACGAUACUCUUGCUCGCGAUAUCCUGGGCUUCAAUCUCGAGUCCCAGAACAAGAACACUUUAAUCCCGAGCGCCCUUCAAAGUUAUUCUACCAGUAUGAGAGAUCCAGCCUUUUAUCUGCUCUACAAAAAAAUCUUGCGUUACUUCUUGAGAUACAAGAAACUGCAGCCUCAGUACAGUCAAAAUGAACUGCAAAUGCCAGGAGUUAAAUUCGAAUCUGUGAAUAUCGAUAAACUAUACACGUACUUUGACAAAUGCGACACCCUGAUCAACAAUGCCGUGUCAGUAGAAAACUUCAAAGGUGGAAUGUAUUUACGUUUGAAGGCGCGUCGUGCUUGUAUGAACCACGAGCGAUUCACUUACAAAAUAAACAUUAACAGCGAUAAAGAAACAAAAGGAAUGAUGAGAAUCUUCCUUGGGCCAGCUUUUGAAGAGGUCAAACAUGAUAUGGUCUAUCUACAGAAAUAUUUUUAUCUGUUUAUGGAAAUGGAUCGAUUUACCGUAACACUCCGUCCCGGAAGUAACAGCAUCGAACGCCACAGCUCGGAAUCAGCAUUCACGAUGUCAAAUAUAAUGCCCAGCGACGAAUUCUAUGACAAAUUGAACAAAGCGAUCAGCGGAAGCGAGCCAUUCACGUAUUCUGAAAAAAUAUUGGGCUUCCCCGAACGUCUCAUCUUGCCGCGUGGUAAACCGGAAGGUAUGAGGUACAAGAUGUUCUUCUUCCUGAGCUCGAUGGACGAAAGCAACAUGAAAUCGUACGAAAUACCUUUAUACGGAAAAAUAACGUUGGAUAACAAGCUGUUCGGAUUUCCAUUGGACAGACCCAUGUGGGCAUGGAACUUCACCAUUCCUAACAUGUACUUCAAGGAUGUGUUCAUUUAUAAUCGUCCAAACGAGAAGGAGAGUAUGAAUUACUGAACGAAAACACAGUUUUCGUUUAAAACGGUGCACUUUUUUCAAACGAUUUACAAUAUUCUGCAAGAAAUUUUUUAAAUAAAGGAUUCUGAAUAAAAUUGAAUUUUUUUGCUUAUUGA